GCGGCCUGGGACAGCGGGAGGUGUCCCUGCCCACGGCAGGGGUGGCACUGGAUGGGCUUUGAGGUCCCUUCCAACCCAACCAUUCCACGGCUCUAUGACACCCAGGCAGGGAGGAGGAGGAGGAUGAUGAUGAUGGUCCUGCCCUUCUCCCGCCCUCUCCACACGGGGAAAAGAGGAAUAAACGCUUUGAGCCCUCCUGGGAUAGCGCAGCUGGGGCUGGGGGCGAAGGGGCUGCCCAGGCAGGGGGCGGCCCCCCACCCCCGCCCCGCCCCGGGGCUGUCGCCCCCGGCCCUGCCGGAUAAAGCAGCGGAGGAGCAGCCCCCGGCUCCCUGCCCUGUUCCCGGUUUCACCCCUCGCUCCCGGUGCGUCCCGAGGAUGCUGCGCCGCCGCGGAGCCUUCGCGGUGCAGCCGCUCCGCGCUGACCUCGAUGGUCCCUGGGAGUCAGCCGAGAGCUGCAUCGUGCGCACCUCCGCCAGCGUCUACCGCCGGCUGCAGGAGAGCCCGCGGCAGCCCCCGCGGGGCAUGAGCACCCGGGGACCCCCAGCGCAGCCCCCCAGCAGCCCCCCGGCCGCCGGCAGGCCCCUCGAGUCGGAGGAUUCCGGCGUGGAGAUGACCAGCAGCGAGCACUCGCCCUGCGCCCCGCUGUGCUCCCAGAGCCGCUUCUCCCUGGACGGCUUCCCGGCGGAGGAGCCCCCCGGAGAGGAGCCCCCCCGGAGCCCCCGCAGCCGCUCGGCCAGCCGGAGGCUGCUGCAGGCAGCGCAGCGGAGCAGGAGGCAGCGCUGCCCGCGCCAGCUCAGCCGGCGCAGCGCCAGCGCUGCCGACCUGGCAGAGCCCCCGCGGGACCCCCGGGAGGCCGAGGGGGCUGCGGGGGGGCUCCCUCGGGACCCCCGGGCCGUGCCCGAGGCCGCGGUGUCGGGGCAGGGGCUGCGCUACCUGGAGCACGUGUGCCAGAUGCUGGAGCGGCUGGCGCGGCUGCAGCAGGACAGCCGAGCCCUGCGGCAGCGGGCGGCCGGAGCCCGCCCGGCCACCCUGCCCAGCCGGCAGCCUCCGAGGCAGGAUGUGGGCACCUGGAGGGGCGAGGGGUUCCGGCCGCGCUCCUGCUCGGACAGCCAGGCUCCAGCAGCGGACCCCGGGCCGUGCCGGCGGUUGUGGGGACACUCGGUGAGCUCCCCCAGCCUGCUGGAGCCCGCCGAGGGCGGGCCGGGCGUCCCGGCACCGGACAAGGUACGGCCGGGGGGGCUCGGGGAGCGGGGGGGAGCCCCGGGUGCCCCCGCUGACCGCGGCUCUCGCAGGACGGGCGCUCGCACUGGGGCCGGGUGAAGGUGCUGCUCACCCGCCUGACCCGCCGCUCCCUGCGCGGCGGCCGCUGCAGGUAGGACCGGGGGUCCCACCGCCACCGCCACACCUGGAUGGAGGAACUGCGUCACACCUCACCCCAUGACGUCACGCCGGCCCGGGGCCGGUCCCCGGCCUGGCGCACCCCCU